GGAGAGAGGGAGAGAGAGACGAUGACGGGUGAGCUAUGUCCAUGUAAGAUUGGUCUGCGUGGUCGAGUGUUGGACUUCCUCAUUCAAUCUGCUCAUCAACUUGAAGUUCCUCCCAUCGUCAAAUACUCCGCAUUAGCACUCUUCGCCGACAGAUUUUACCCGUCUAUUUCCUCCAGACAAGGCAGUAACACGGGACACUGGCUCUUACAACCCCUGAGAGAAAGCAAUCUGCAGUUAUUUGUUCUUACUUCAAUAUGGAUAUCAAGCAAAAUGCAUGAGUCUCAUCCGCUAUCUGUAAAAGUUUUGAAGUCUUUGGGAGACAAGAUCAUAAAGGAACAACAUUUUACUAGUCGAGAUUUUCUAGAAGCAGAGGUGGUCUUAAUGCAGGUAUUGGAUUUUGAGAUUGGUACAUCAAAUAUUGCCUUUAUAUUUGUUGAAGAGCUUCUCAUUCAGUUGAAGGGAGUUGCAAGGGUUGGGGAACACUUGAGCUUUGAAGCAUGCAUGGAUAUUAUGGAUAUUCUCUAUGAAAAGGAGGACAUGUCUGUUCUUUAUAGUUCUCCCCGUUCUCUAGCUGCGUGCAUAUUGGCAAGUUUUCUGAAAUUUUCUAGAUUUUACUAA